UUUUGACUGGUGUGAGGUGAUAUCUCAUCGUAGUUUUUGCAAUCAGAUCUUUAACCAUGCCUUUUAAAAUCUUUGUCAUUCAUAGACAGUUAUUGUUUGAUUCUGAUGUCUUUGCAAAAAUGUUUCAUCUUAAAGAAAAUUCAUAGAAAGGACUUUUGACAAGCACAGGCUUGUAAAACUCUUCAUAAAACUGUUAACAAAAGAUCGAAAAUUACAUAGGACUCAGUGAACUGAUCAAUAUGGUUAUAAUUUUUUUUCUGAAAUACUACUGCCUUUUUUGUUCUGAAAUAUUACUGCUUUUUAAUCUGUUUUCCAGAUAUAAGGAAACCUUUCCCUUUAAGCUAAUUAUGACUUACAGUAAUUUGGUAAAUGAUACCUUCGUAAGCAGAACUGAAACAUUUAUCUUUUCUUUCUACCUGAUUCCUCCAAAACUGUAAACCCUUAUGUUACUAGCAGCCUUAUCAAGUGAAUAAGGGAGGCCACCUCCUGAUAGAUGCAGGAAUCUGAAGAUAUUUUGGGACCUUGAGAAGAGAGGAAUUCACCCAAAUCUGUAGAUAUUGUAGGUGGGAUCUGAUGGCAAGCCCAUGGGAUGGCUUUUCUGGCCUUGAGAAGCCUUUAAAAAAUUCAAUCUGAGAUUCUUUAUAAAAAGUUCCAGCAAAGCCAAUUUUAAAAAAGAGCCCGUAUGAUCAGUUACACUUAUGUAAAUAAUCAGGCCAAGUUUAUUGAAACCAGACUUAUUUUUGCCAACAAAUUACUCUUAAUUUGGCUAUAUUUGAUAGAAAUCAGGGUAAUUUUAGAGGGAAAAAUUAUGUUUCAGUGGAUAUUAAAUUCUAGUGUUGUUAAUUGAGGUCUGUAUUUACUGCCUAAGACUCACUUACCAGAUAGCCCCCUGUUGUUAAGGUUACAUUAUUGUAAAGUUUAACUGAAUUAUUAAAAGGACACUCUAAGUUUGUUUCUGAAGCUUAUCACAGUAAUCUAUAUUUGGAUGAAGAUCAGAUGCCCCAUGAACUAUAACCAGAAGAUUAUGCAUAUUGGAAAAGGCAUCAUUUAAAGGAUUAUCUCCAACCUAGAUGGAAGGACCCUUAUCAGAAAAGCACUAGAACUGAGAUAUCUGUUCCUUGUGACCAGCGGCGACCUUCUACCGAGAUGUGUGCCUGAUUGUACUUCUCCAAAAUCAUAUAUAUGCUUAUCUCUCCACCUCUGUCUCUUGGGAGAGGUUCCUCAGAACUCUCUGAAAGGCAGUCUCCUGGGCCAAAGACGGUCCUCAGUAAGUCCCCAAAGAAAACUGAAACUCACAACUCUCAUGUUGUGCGUUUUUAUAUCAGUGGGCACUUGACAAUUUGACUGAGGCUGGAGACUAGCCAUUGUGGCCACAGAGCAGGAAGGAAGUCCCCUGCCCUCGCCAGAAGGCCAGCUGACUCUCAUCUUCGAGGCAAAGGCAGGUAGUCUUAUGUGAUUCCCCCCAUCAGGGUGAAAGGAGAAGUUGCAAUCUGAGAAUUAAGACUCGUUCUGAUACCAUCUGGUUUGGGGGCACACCAACCAGCGUGCUCUGCCUUUCCUUCAGGCCGAUACCAUCAUGCAUCCGUGGGUAGCCAUCCUGGGCCUCAUACUCCUUCUGACAGAUGGUGUAACGUCUUACCCACGAGUGACUGGAGUGGAGGGUCAGUCUGUCAGGCUACCCUGCACCUAUGGUGGAAAAGUCACGAGCAUGUGCUGGGGCCAAGGGGCAUGUCCUUUAACUCGCUGUGGAAGUGUCAUUAUCUGGACUAAUGGAUACAGUGUCACCUUUCAGAAGGACAAACGUUAUAAGCUAAACGGAAACAUUGGUGAAGGGGAUGUGUCUUUGACCAUAGAGAAUGCAGCCCAGGCUGACAGUGGCUUGUAUUGUUGCCGUGUUGAGAAGAAAGGGUGGUUCAAUGAUAUAAAAAUCACCCUAGACUUGAGUAUAAAGCCAGCUCCACCUACCACAACAGUAAUGACCACUAUUACUCCACCAAUGACCACCACUACUACUACUCCACCAACUACCACGACUACUACUACUACCACUCCACCAACUACCACCACUACUACUCCACCACCAACUACCACCACUACUACUCCACCACCAAUGACGACCACUACUGCUCCACCACAAACUACCACCACUAAUACUACUCCAACAACAACGAUCACCAUUACUACUCUACCAACUACCACUACUACUACUCCACCACCAACUACCAGUACUACUACUCCACCACCAAUGAUGACCACUACUGCUCUACCAACAAUGAUGGUCACCACUGCUCCAACAACAACGAGGGCCUCUACCUCUGCUCUUCCAGUGCCAGCACCCACAGAGAACCUCCAGCCAGUAGCUUCUUUAUCUUCUCCUACGCAGAGAGUGGAAACCCAGCCUACCACACAGCAAGAAACAAAUAUAACUGGCUCCCCAUCGCACUCUUGCUCAACAGAUGGGUAUGGCACUGUGACCCAGUCUCCAGAUGCCCUUUGGCAUAACAAUCAAACUCUUGUGACGCUGGCACAAGAUCCAUGGAUGAGCACCAAUAAGGGAGUCUACAUUGGAGUCUGUGUUACUGCCUUGGUAUCAUUGCUCACAUUUUUGGUUUUCAUGAUUAGCAAAAGAUAUUUUUGCCUGAGUAGCAAGGUGGAGCUACUACGUGUGAUUCCGUUGAGGGACUCUCACAUUGGAGCUUUGAAAAAUGCAGCUCUGAAGCCUGUCCGAGCAGAAGACAAUAUCUACAUUAUUGAUGACCUUCAUUAAGUCAUGGAUCCAGUGGCCUUCUAAGGCGUUAUGCCCUUGACUGUGGAAGACAGUGACCAGAUAUCACUGUGCCAGAGUCCUUUCAUGAAGCAGGACAAUUUUUCCGUCAGUUUCCAAUGGCAUUCCAACCAGUCGGUGAUAUUGGGUAGAGUAAGUCUAGCUCAUCUGUGUACCGUCAACCUCUGUAACAUUGUCCUAAUUUUUUAUACUAAAACUGGCUCAAUCUUUCUGGUCAUUGCAGAGCUCUCUCCAAAACAUGAAAUUUAUUCCUUAGAAUUGUACAUUCUCUUUAGACCCUGUGAAUCCUGUUUUCUAUCAAGAAUUCUCCUUGAGGAGACAGAAUAAACACUACUACCUCAGUUACCAAAGCUGUCAAGAAGAGCUGAAUACCACUUAAAAUCAGCAAAUCCAAUUUGGGACUUAAAGGACUUAACUUGGAAGCAUUUCAUGAUUGUCUUUUUUUUUUUAAUCAAGUAACUUCAAAUGUUAUAUUCCUUAGGGCCCCCAAGGGUUUCAAAUCAUGGGAGUGUACAGGUUUUUAUUUACACAAUGGGAAAAUGUGAGUGUGAUUUUGCCAUUAUAGGUAGAUCUGGUUUCUCAGGGCUCUGGAAAUAGAAGUGCUUUCCCUGGGACCAGGAUGGGUAUUUUAGCAGUUAGAAGAAGCUAGCGUAGUGAGUAGACAAUGGAGACACCAGGGGAAGAAAAUCAAUUGCCACAUGAUUUAUGCUGUUUCUGCUACAUUGGUGCCACAGUUCUAGGCACUUAUGUAGACAACUGGCAGACUCUCUGAUGUAAUUUUUAGAAUGAGGCAGGGUGGAAAUAAAAGGAAAAAAGAGGGGGAGGGAGUAGUAAAAGAGGCUUUCUGACUUAGAAAAGCUAGUUUGCAAAUAUAAUAGUGUUGUUUGAGAGUAUUACCAGUUUCAACCGAAAUGCUAAAUUGUCCUCAAACCACUUUGAUUUUUAAAAUUGUUUUGGAAGGAUAAAGUGUCUUUUUCAUAUUGAAUCAAUUCCUGUGUUAUAUCUUUUUCACAGCUCAAUUAAAUUUUUGGUUUUUCCAGAAGAGUUAGAGAAAGGCUAACAGUAAGGAUAUUUUUAGUCACUAGGAGCAUUUCUACAUGAACAGUUAACAAGACUGGAAAUUAAUUUCAAUUUAAGCAAACCCUGAAACAACUCAUGCUUGAGUUAUUUGGGAGGUGUUCAGAGCUACUCACACCAAAGUGGUCCAUGAGGGCUGGAUGCUCGUUUUUGAAGGCAAUGUUUUUGACACUUCUGCGGAGUUCUGGGAAAUUAACAGGACCUCUGAAUAAAGGUUAUGGGGCAAAGAAGAUUGCUAAACAUUGUAUACUAGUUUUCACAAGUGGGACCAGACUGAUCUAGUUUAAAAAAUUAUGUUCCAACUACAGGGAUAUUUUUUUUUUAAUUCAAGACAACAUGCAUAACCAUAGUGAUUUCAAAUUAAUGUCAAGAUGGAUAACUUCUCUGGAAAGACCUAACAACAUCGGGCUGCAUCCCUAUGCAGCCAGGGCCCCACUAGAUGGCGCCACAUCCCUCAGCCCCGCCCCAGUCCUUGCCUUGCCUGCAGGCUCACGUUUGUUACCUGCUUUGUGGCUUGUGGGGCUUUGAAUUUUUUGAUGCGUGCUCUAUUCUCCAUAUCCUUCCUGGAGUUUUUGUGAUGACACAUUACAGGUUGUGGGAAUUUGAUCGACUUUAUUCAAUCCAGCAUUUCCAAAAUUUGUUUAAAAUCCCUGAGCACCAUGACUACUGGCAUACCCAGUAGCAUUCUGUGAAACAAGAUGGGGAACCUGGGAGAAAGCAGAUGGUACACAGAAUUAGAGAUAGGACCUGAGUUCUAAUCCUAACUCUUACCAGUAACAUUGGAUGACAUUAGGAUAAAUCAUUCUUUAUGCCUAAGUUUUUAAUAUAUUUUUUAAUGAAGUAGAGAUGAUUUACAAUGUUGUGCUAAAUUUUUUUUACACCUCUUAGAAUUAUUUCCAAACAUACAUUGGUGUAUAGUGGUAAUUCCAAUGACAUAUUCUUUGUGAGAAAAAUAAAAGUGAAAAACACUACAGAAAUGCAAAGGUUUCUUUUGUGUGUGUGUGGAGUUGGCAGUGAUAGAUCUAGCAUCAGUGCUCAGUGAAUAAUUUCAACGGUGUUGCAUUCAUAAGUGUCUUGCUAUAUGGUACCUUUUAUUAUUUUUCUGAAUAAUGUUUCUGUUUUUGAAAAGUUGAUAUUGGGUAAUUUGGCUAUCAUUUUAAACUGUACAAAAAUUUGUCAAUAACUGAGAGGGAGCAUGGGUUAGAGGGAAGGAAGGGGAGGUACUUAGUUAAUAUUAAAUUCUUUUCUGUAAAAGUACCAAUUUUAUAUAAUGAAUUUACUUUUGUUUUUGAUCUUUUGAGACCAUCGAGAUUCCAUUUUCUACAAUCGAUCUUGCGGCUUUAGGACACUGGUAUAAUUAAAGCUAUAUAUUUGAACUUAGGAAAUUCUGCACAUCUUUAAAAGUAGAGGAACCAAUCUUUCAUUGAUGGCUGUGAAGAUAAUUUUGUGAGUACAUGCAGGUAUGAGGGACUCCUCAUCAUGAGCUUGAUUUGUACCUACACUCAUUAAUAAAACACAUUUUUGUUUUCAUU